AUGAACGCAAAAGAGUUGCAGCAGAUGCUGUUCGCCGAGGAUCAGAGGGAAUGGCUUUCGACGUUUAACACUAAUGUAUCUGCUAUCUACUUCACAACGGUAGCCUUCCUGCCGCUGCUCCAGAAGUGUAGCGGCGAUGGUCACGCUAAAGCUUCCGUCAUCAUCAUCGCUUCCAUGUCAGGACUCCAAUCCCGCCUAAGUGGCUAUUUCUCAUACAGCGCUUCUAAGGCUGCUACUAUCCACCUAUCUAAAAUGAUGGCGUACGAGUUCCAAGUCUUCAAUGUACACAUUAACAGUAUUGCGCCAGGCUACUUCCCAUCUUAUAACGAGGGGAGACAGAUGCAGUUGGUGCCCGUUGGCGAAGAGAAUGGCACUGAGAGCGAGGUAGUGCAAGGUGUGCUUUUCCUGGCGAAAAAUCGUUUUGUCACUGGCGAGGUUCUCAAUAUUGACAAGGUAUAA